CAUGAAAACAUGAUACAGUCUGCAGUAGUGAUGAAUGUAACUUGGACGUAUUUACUCAGACUUUGACACUGUGGACAGACAGCACUGGACAUUUCACACCUUCUGCUGCAGUCUGGAUCAGCUGAGAUGAGCCUGAAGCUUUUCUUUUUAUAAACCAAAGAGUGACACCUGCAGGCGCUCAGCAUGUCGCUGUGGAUGAUCCUUCCUGUCAGUCUGCCCGUCUUCAUCAUCACUGGGAUGUGGGUUGUAUAUGCGGUGGCCCUGUACAACCAGCACGUGUGUCCUGCUCUAUAACGAGUCGUGUGCAGAGCAGCUUCUGUUGCAGAGGGGCGCUGCACUGUGCUGCACACUCAACCACGUACCACUCAUCAGUAAAUGUGGAGCUCUGCCACCUGAAAGCUGCUUUUUCAGUCUCAUAUGCAGCACUGGAUCCUUCAUGGUUGUACUGAUUGGCCUGCUGCGAUACGCCCAAGUGGUCGAGAAGCACCAGAACUGUUUUCUGAACACCGCCGGCCUCUCCACCGGGUGGAUCUGUGCAGCCGGACUCAUCAUGGUGGGAAACUUCCAGGUGGAUUAUGCCAAAGUUCUUCACUAUGUUGGAGCUGGAGUGGCUUUCCCAACCAGCAUGCUGUUUGUGUGCAUGCAGUCGGCUCUCACCUACAAACUGGCCAAGACCCAGGAAGAGUAUCGGAUCGGACAUUUUCGACUGGCUAUGGCCCUGCUGGCACUCAUCACCCUAGUGCUUAGUGGAGUUUUCUUCUGCCAGGAGAGCUUUGCUUUGCAGCAUGCCUCAGCUGUUUUUGAGUGGAUCUACUGCAUGCUCGUCAUGUGCUUCUAUGGAAGUUUUGCAUUUGAGUUCAAGGGUCUGUCAGGGAACACCCUGAUGGUCCUAUCUGGAGGAGGGGUUGUGCAGAACUUUACGCCAUCAGAACACAAGACUGACAUGGGCGGGUCCAGCCACCUCUGUCCCGACAACUUCACUCUAUUGUAGUGAAAGAAGUUCAUGCUUCUGCAUGUGUGAAGUGCAGGCCAAAGCAAGUGAAAGGGCAGCAGACAAAGCAAGAACCAAGUCGCCAAAUGAUGAAAAUGGAAUCUAUGUUUGAACUCUGGAUGUAUAUUUCCACAUUCACUGUUGUAUAUCACCAUGGCACCAAAGACUUUGUAUGCUGCACAUCUUAAAAGGAAGCUGCACUGCCUAUAAGUGACUUUUUGAACAUAAAAGCCAACAAAGUCAAGUGUGUGUACAUGAUUACCUUUUUUUAUGCUUUAUUUUGCAGAAUGUUAAAACUAGUCUUUGAAUUCUUGGUCCUCGCUUCUUUUUAUUGAUAUCAUUUCACAAUAAUACCUCAGAUGUGCAUCCUCCUCCAGCAGAUUGCUUUGUAUUUUUUACUUACAAUGAUUUCUUACUGUGCUGUGUUAAAAUAUUUGUGAUGCUGGCACCUCUGUGCUUCUCCCGGGAUGAAACCUAUAUAUGUAAUCCUUACAAUAUAUUCUUUAGAGGCAGCUUAAAGUACAUGUGCAAAAAACUGAACAAAGAUUCUUGCUAAAGCAACUUUCUUGUGCAGUUUUGUAAGGCAAUAUAAUCAAAUUUGUCAAAUUUGGUACUGUUAUAUAUAUUUUUACUUUGUAUCUGAUGUGAAUUGCCACUUCAGUCUUCCAAAUUACAUACUACUUUUCUCGCAUAGAAAAAUUAUUUCCCCCAAAUUAAAGCUGAAUAAAGUCUUUACUAGUAAAGUAAAAAUUCCUUUCAGAAUUUUAAUGAAUUAUUUUGUAAUUAAGUUACAAAAUACAAAAUGAAAACAGACUUAUCAUUCAGUUAUUUUCUAAAACUAAGGCCUAAGAAAAUAUUUAGCAAUAAAGUUACAAAAAUCAAAAAGUAAAAUAAAGAUUUUUGUUUUUCAUCAAAAUCAAAUGGUAGAUUUUCCCCCCCCAAAAAAAUAAAAAAAAAUAAAACAGGGUCUAAUAAAAUAUUUAGCAAUGAAGUUACAUUUAAACAGUAAAAAUGUAUUUU